AUGGGUGGGAAGCGUUGCAACUGUUGCAGUUUUCACAGCACGCCUCUCCUGGCGCCACUGCUGUCGUUGGUUGUGAGGCCAACGCCUCAAUAUUUGAUCCGACGAGCCACUUCGAAGCUUCAUCGUGAGUUGGUGGAGGAUACAAGGGCCUCCGACGAUGCUGGAUUGCUUGGAAAUCAGGGUCCCGAGGGAUUCCGCCUCUUGCUUUCUCGAAAGUUUGGCUCUGUAGCAGCGGCAUGGCGUGUGUCUCUGGAUCCGGAUGGCAAUGGACGGAUCUCCUUCGGUGAGUUCAAUCAUCGAUGCCGACAGAUGGGCUUCACCGGGAAUCUGCGAAAGCUCUGGGGCGAGCUUGAUACAGAUAAGUGUGGCUUCAUCUCUUUGAAAGAGAUUGAUCCCAAGGACCGCUGGCAGGUCGCCGUUGAGACCAGGGUCAACCAGUCCCGGCUCGAGAGACCAGGCGACCGCACGGAACGGCGCGGAACGGCGUACCUCGUGGAAUUGAGGUUCUACAAAGUUUUUGAGGAACUUGAAUUGUGUUCAGCAGACUCCGCAGAGAAUCCUGACCUGACCUUGCCACAACAGCAGCACAAAAGGAAGCCUCCCUCCGUUGGUCGGGAGCUGAAGCUCGAAGACUUUGACCCACAGACGGGUGAAGCAGUCUACCGGGCUGAUCCAUGUGCCGAAGCCAUCAGCUAUGGAGGUGGCCGCAAGGCCACCGCAGCACCCAAGCCGAAGGCGCCAUUGUCUCCGCUGAUCAUGUCACGGUGCAACACCAGCCACAACCUGAAGCAGACCCGAUCACGGCUGAAGACGGCGCCCAGCUCGCCGAUGUCUUCGUCGCUCUCAGCAGGCCUUCUCAGUCCAGCGAACCACAGAUCAAAGGCGGACACCUUCGGAGGAAUUGCCUCGCCCUCAGCUGCGUUUCAGUCCAUCAAAACCUUGCCACCCGAUGAGACGCUCUCCCCGCCGCGAUCACCGUCCCGGUCACCUUCCCGUCCAGGCAGCAAGGCGCACACCUUGAAGCUCUCCAGCCUUGACCUUGAUGAAGACGUCUCUCCCAUGUCACGGCCUUGCCACUGGGCGGCAGAUGGCAGCAAAGCGCGCUCACUCAGGGUGGAUGGAGGUGAAGAGCGCUGGGAUGUGGCGACCCCCACGCGGAACUCGGACUAUAUCCGGAGCUGCUCGAAGGUUCAGGUGAUGGACCGUUCGAUUCGGGAAGAAGAAAAGAUCAAUGCUGACGUGGGCAUGAUGAACAAAGACGAGUUGCUGCUCCAGCUCGGGCUCAAGUACGGAUCGCUGCGGAAAGCCUGGAACGAGGUGUUCGAUCCCUUUGACUCGGGCAAGAUUGGAUUCCAGGAGUUCUGUGACCGAAUGCGCAAUAUCGGCUUCCUUGGGGAUAUGAAGGAAUGUUGGAUCGCCCUGGGCGCGGAGCGCGACGGCGUGCUGCGACUCCGGCACUUGGACCGGAAGUCCGAUGAGCUGAUGGAAGGCUUCCACAACACCCUUUGCGACAAGUACGGAAACAUGCUCAAUGCGUGGCAGACGGCCUUUGAUCCCAACGGCCGCAGCCUGAUUGACGAGGCUGCAUUUGUGAAGCAGUGUACUGAAGAGGGUGUGGAGGGCGAUCUGGUGCAGCUCUUCCACGACCUGCUGGAUGACCCUUUGAAGCAGAAGCAAUACAAGAAGAUGUCACUGAGAGAGUUCGACCUGGCUGCGUACCAGGCCUACGCGCGUAUGGACACUGACAUGAUCGUGGAGGCGCAGAAGUAUGAAAAGACCAACCCGCUCGAGAUGAGCUUCGAAGAGCGGCAGGACAACAUGUUCUCAGUGAAAUGGACGCGCGCGCAGAGCAAGAUCAGUCGGACUGAGAUGGCUGAGCGAACCAAACAGGAGAAUGAAGCUGAUGUGGGCUGCGAGACUCUCAAGACUCUGAAGGCGAUGCUGACCAAGAAAUACAAGAACUUGGCCAUUGCGUGGAAGGUCGCUUUGGACCCACUGGGCCAGGGACACCUCUCCAAGGAGGACUGGUACAACGCAGUGCGAAACCGUGUGGGUUUCCACGGCGACCUCCGACAGCUUUGGAAUGAAGCGGCGAAGCCGGGAGCCGGUGAGGACCGAUUGAAUCACCACUUGCGUGAGAUUCUUGUUGUCAGCUAUAGGAUGCUGAUGGAUGCUGGCCUUCGUGCCCAGAUCCAAGCGGCCAAGCGCGAGUUGGAGGAGAAGACCACCUUGACGCAGCAGUUGGAUUCAGAGCUUCAGAAGGCGAAUGAACGACAGAGCUUGCGACGUGAUUUGGAUCGUAUAAAGAAACGAAUUGCACUGCGAGAAGACAUCAACCUUGACAAGAAGGUUGAGCGAGACAUGAUUGACCGGGAUAUGUGUGGUGAUCACUUGCCGCAGGGCGGCUACAAUGUGCAUGUCCCCGGCCAAAACAAGUAUUCCCAAUCAGAUGAUGCAUCCUCCACAUUUGCCAAGAACGAAGGGCAAGUGAUGAACUGCAGCGAGAUUGUUGCCAAGGGAGAAUAUGUUUGGCGGAUUGAAGGCCUGUCCUGGUUGGAGAACACCUUGAAGCAAAAUGGCCUGUGCUAUGCAUCGUCUGAACCAUUCACGGUUGGAGGUGAAACCUUCGCCUUCGUCUACAACCCUUCUGGAGGCAAGGUGAGCCUUACCGCCGAGGAGCAGCAUGGGUCUUUGGCCAUCAUCCACGAGGAUGACGAUGGCAUCACAUUCCGCUAUCGAAUCUUCAUCAAGAAGAAGGGUGGCGAUUUCGUGCAAUGGGGGGAGACGGGCGAUGAAUGCCAUCCGACCACCGACACCUGCGGCUGGGCCUUUGGUCCUGAUGUAUACCAACAGGAUGGCUGGAGCCGCUAUCCGAAUCGAAAGCCAGGCAUCUUUGGCUUGACGCACAAGCAGCUGCUGAACUCGGAUUGGGUCGAGGAUGACGCAUUGACGGUGAAGUUUGAGUUGGAAGUGCGCCCGGAUGACUGGUAUGGCCGUGCUCCGCUAAAACCACACGUGGAUGUGCCACCUUCGACGAUCAGUUCAGAUAUGCGGACCCUGCUGGACGAAGCUCGGUGA